UAUCUCACUCCGAGCCACAUGAUCCCACUGGUAGAAAUCGCUAGACUGUUCGCAGCCGAAGGCGUCGCCGUCACCGUAAUCACCACCCCAUGCAACGCCCAACUUUUCCAAGCCUCCAUUGAUCAUGACAUCUCUGCCGGCCGCCAAAUCUCCGUCCAAAUUCUCAAUUUUCCUUCCAGAGAAGUGGGGCUGCCGGAAGGAAUCGAGAAUUUCAACGCUAUUACUUCCCCGGAAAUGACCGCCAAAAUUUACCACGCUGUGGCUCUGCUCCAAAACCCCAUGGAACAAUUGAUUCGACGUCACAGCCCCGAUUGCAUCGUUUCAGAUACGUUCCUCCCUUGGACGGUUGAUGUGGCCGAGGAUCUCGGUAUCCCGAGUCUGUCUUUUAAUCCGACGAGCGUCUUCUUUCGCUGCGUCUCGCACAGCAUGAAGCUUUAUUGCCCUCACGAGAAGGUGGAACAUGAGAACGAGAGCUUCGUUAUUCCAGGCCUCCCGGACCCAAUUCAGAUGAAGAGGUCCCAGGUCCAAGAUUACCUCAAGAACAAAACCAGGUACGGAGAUUUGAUAAACAGAAUCACGGAAUCAGAACUUAGGAGCUAUGGCACGCUUGCGAAUACUUUUUUCGAGCUUGAAGACGCUUAUGUCGACCAUUUCAAGAACGUGAUUCAAAGAAAAGGGUGGCCUCUGGGUCCACUUUCACUAUUCUGCACACGAGUCGUCGAACAUAAGGUCGCACCCGAUCGACAUUGCUGUUUAGAUUGGCUCGAUAAUCAGAAACCCAAUUCAGUUCUCUACGUUUGUUUCGGAAGUUUGGUAAGAUUUCCCAACGCACAGUUGAUUGAAAUUGCAUCUGCCCUUGAAGCUUCAGAGCACCCAUUCAUAUGGGCGGUGAGAAAGAGAGAAAAACCUGAAGAAGGCGAAGAGGUAGAAGAUGAAGGGUGGUUACCGAAAGGGUUUGAGGCAAGAAAUAUUGAAGCUAAGAGGGGCAUGUUUAUACGAGGGUGGGCUCCACAGAUCCAGAUCUUGGACCACCCUUCGGUCGGAGGUUUCAUGACUCACUGCGGAUGGAACUCGGUCAUGGAGGCAGUGAGCGCCGGCGUGCCGAUGAUCACAUGGCCACUCUUCGCAGAACAGUUCUACAACGAGAAAUUCGUCACGCGAGUGGUUAAGAUCGGAGUAGAAGUUGGGACAGAGACGUGGAACUCUGGGUUCACCAUCACGAGCCCAGUGGUGAGGAGGGAGAAGAUAGAGAUGGCAGUGAGGUGUUUGAUGAGCGACUCGAACGAAGCAAAGGAGAUCCGCCGACAAGCGGAGGAGCUGGGAGUGAAGGCAAGGAAUGCUGUGGAAGAUGAUGGAUCGUCCUGCUCAGCUUUGAAGGACUUGAUUCACGAGCUGAAAGCCCAUGCUGCGGGGAAACGCAGCCAUUGAAGGACGCGUUAACCAUUUUCCUCGAAAUUCUAUGAAAGACCAAUUCCUGUUUGAUAAAGUCACAAACAUUCAGAAA